UUUAUAGAUCUCCAAUAGGGUCAGCCUCAUCUUAACUUGGAUAUCCUUUUUCUCAAAUUUUCUACUUCCUUCUUCCUUCUUUCUCAGUGUUCCAUUCUUGAAAAUUUUACUACAAUAAUUAGCCCUUCAUUUUACUGCAAUAUGGCUACCCUCACUAAUUUUUUGCUCAAACCAUCUCCAGAUCUAGUUUCUAUUACCAAAAUUAGCCCUUCAUUUUACUCUAAUUUUCCUACUAAUCAAUCAUUCGACAAGUUCACAAACCUGAGAACAAAAAGAUCUUUAUUAAUUACAAAGGCUACAGCAGCAUCAGGUGUUGAGAAAAAAGCAAACAAAGAUGAAAGAGUGGUAAAAGUGAAUAGUAAGGAGGAAUUAGAUGAAGCCCUUAGCAAAGCCAAAAACAGGCUUGUUGUGGUGGAAUUUGCAGGGAAAGACAGUGAAAGGUCGAAAAAUAUUUACCCUUUUAUGGUAAACCUAAGUAAGACAUGCAACGACGUUGAUUUCUUGCUAGUGAUUGGUGAUGAAACUGAGAAGACAAAGGAACUCUGCCGCAGAGAAAAGAUAGAUAAGGUACCACAUUUCAACUUUUACAAAAGCAUGGAAAAGAUACACGAGGAAGAAGGCAUAGGUCCAGAUCAACUAGUUGGAGACGUACUCUACUACGGCGACAACCAUUCUGAAGUGGUACAACUCCACAGCAGAGAAGACGUAGAAAAACUAAUUCAAGACCACAAAAUUGAUCAAAAACUAAUAGUUCUUGAUGUGGGAUUGAAACAUUGUGGGCCAUGUGUUAAAGUUUAUCCAACGGUGAUUAAGCUAUCAAGGCAAAUGGCUGAUACAGUUGUAUUUGCAAGAAUGAACGGUGAUGAGAAUGACAGUUGCAUGCAGUUUUUGAAGGAUAUGGAUGUAGUUGAAGUGCCAACAUUUUUGUUUAUAAGAGAAGGGGAGAUUUGUGGAAGGUAUGUUGGAUCUGGAAAAGGAGAACUUAUUGGAGAAAUUCUUAGAUACCAAGGAGUAAGGGUUACUUAUUAAAAUUAUUGAGAAAAAUUUGUUUUGAUUAGACUUAAUUGUGACAUGAUUUGAUUAUGUCAAAUGAUUAUGGACUAGCUAAUUAAGUGUUUGUCAUACAGAAAAACCAACUUUGAUUGGUUGAGAUGUGAGUUUUGGUAUGCUUAAUUUGUGAACUAUUUUGCUGGGAUUGUUGAUUUUGAAAGUGGCUAUAAUAAGCAUUUUAAUUCUUACUUA